AAGCAAAAUGAUUAAAGGGUUUAAAUUUCGACUAGUUUCAGUCAUAGAGAAUUCUAGCCAUCAAACCUCCAUGAAUUUAGUAAAACCAUAGAUGAUAAAUAUAACAUUAGAUGACUGUGUAUUAUUGAUUAUGGUUACUUAUUACUAAGAUUGACGUUGAUUUUAAGCUUAUUGUAGGAAAAAAAACAAUUUGGUUACUAUAACCAUUUAUAUUCACAUUGAUUAUUCCAUCACUAAUUCUGACCGACUAUAGAACAAUUAGUUUAAGACAAAGGAUAGCAUUGGGCAUGAAGUAUGUGAACCUGAUUAAUAUCGUCGUGAUUAAGUGUUAAACCAUUCUUUGUGUCAAGAAUAUGUUGAGGGAGUAAUAAUGUGACCUGUUUUCCACCAGUCGAGUUAUACUUUAGGUCUACAACCAUCUCGACAUGAUAAUGACUUACGGAAUGUAGACUUAAUAACAUUAAAGUUAGAGAAUAGACGCUAACGACUAGCAUUUAAUCAGAAUGGAUCACAGUAAUCUAACCGUAAAUAAUCAUUGUGCAGUGGGAUGUUAAACAUCUUAAAAAUCUGUCCAAAUACAUAGUAAUUUAUUAUUUAAAAAAGGAGAAGUUGCGAUAAUAUCUUUGAAUGAAUCUUCACUAAUGAUCAAUUUAGUACAUAAAAAGAACUAUGAUAAGGAUAUCGAUAUCAAAAAAUCUUGAAAAAAAUUGUAUAAAUUAACAACAUAGUUAUGGUUUAUGUCAGUAGUCUUGAUGUAGUUUGGAAUUUGACCUUGAAUUACUCAUUUGGUCAUACGUUUCCAUUCGCUUGGUCUACUUCGAUCUGAAUCAUCUGAUAUGAUAAUCGUGGAUCGUCAUGUAAGUCCGACAGAUUUCUUUACAAGGUCACUGAAGUUACAAUUUAACUAGUUCUCACACAAAUUAUCUAAGUGUAUUGCUUACAUUUUUUUGUUGAAGAAAAAGUGUUUUAUAAGACUGGAAGUUAAUUAAAUUACUUCUUAUAUACUAUACUUGAAUAACAAUGUAUCAUGAAUUAAAUAAUCUAAAUAAAUAAGGUUUCGUUUUAAUAUGAUUACUCUCUGUGUUUUCAUUAUAUUCUCUUCAUUCAUGUUAAAUAUUUGUGUAAUUUUAUUAUUGAAUGAUUACAAUAUACAAGCAUAUACCUAUGUAAAUUAGUAAGUUAUUGAUUAUUGAUGUGAAUUUAAAGUGGAUACUUUUUCUAGUUGUUUAGAUCGAAGUUUUCAAUCAAUCAGGUUCUAGUUAGUAUGUAAAUGAUACAGUUAAUCAAGGUCAUACACUUUACUUACAUAUUGAACUUAUUUUUAAAUUAAUCCAUACUUUGAUACUUUGACUCAUUUAGUUCAGUUAUUUAAUUUUAUAUUUUAACGAUUAUUUACUCAAUUUAUUUAUCAAUCAAUGAAUCUGUAUUUGGUGAGUAUUCAAGAUCCUUCAACCUAGAUAUAUUUAUCGACUUCUAUGAAUAGUGAUACUUCUUGACCAUAAGGUCAUAUUUAACUGUGUUGAUCGACAGGUGUUUGUGAUUGUAUUUAUUGUUAAUAGAUGUAUUCAAAAAUCAAGUAAAUAAUGUAAAGGCUCUUUACUUGAAAAAUAAGGGUUGUAUCAGAGCGUAUAUCGAACUUUCAUUUAAAUUAGUGACUUUAAUUUAUGUUAGACAGGGUUGAUCAUUAUUCUUGUGUUUAGCAACCUCAUCAUAGAUAUUCUUUUGGAGAUAACUUUCUUUUCGUCUAAUUCUUGAGGAUCAGUCUCCUCUUAGAUAAUUUACUUAUCAACUUUAAGGAUGGUGACAAAAUCCAGUCUUUUAAUCUCUUUGAGUAACAAUGGAAGUAUGUAUGGGAUGCAUUUCUUGUUGGCUAAAUCCAAAGUUUUACUUCAGGGCUGGUCUGUGUCAUCACAUAGACCGAUUAUAGGAAGUGAAGUAGUUGGAUACAUCUACUCAUUCACAUAUUUUAGCAGACCAAACCAUCCAGCUUAGAGAACAAAACCUCAUCAAAAUCAUCCACCUGAGCUACGAAUCUUUUCCGCCAUCUCGAUGUCCAUAUCGUUUAGCUGCGUGCGAGCUAUCCAUUGUAUGUCGUCUGGUCCUACUACUUUCCCACUCUCGAUUUGUCUGAUGCCCAUACCGCUUCGUUCGAUCGUUUGUGGAGUGACAUCUAUAGGAAGGUGUGUGUGUGUGUGCUGCUUCAAUGUCUGUUGGAUUCAAUCGGGCUGGUCUAUUCAAUAGUUCCUCAAAUUGUUCCACUCAUCUAUUCCCCUUUUCUUGAAUCUGAGAGAUUAGCUUACCUUCUGUGUUCCUAGCAGCUCCAUCUGGUUUGUUGUAUUUACCUGCCAGUUUUUUUGUCGUGUCAUAUAAAAGUUUCAUAUUUCCUUCUCUUGCAAUAUUUUCCGCUAUCGUCACUAAAUGUUCUACGUAUUUCUGCUUCCCAACUUUAAUACUCAUCUUCACCCUUUUAUUCGCUUGUGUAUAUUUGAUCUGUUUCUUGACUUUCUCUUCUCUUGUUCGACUGUUGUUGGUUGCAGUCUACGUGUACUUCCUUUCUUGAAUCUUGUCCAUGGUUUCCAUAGUGAUCCAUUCCUUAUGAUGAUGCUUCUUGCGUUCCAGCACCUCCUGACACGCUGAAGUUAGUGUUUAUUUGAUCCCUUUCCAGUUGUCCUCCAUAGCGGUUUCCUCUUCUUUCAGUAUAUAUAAUGCGGCUUGGGACUUGUUGUUAGGGGUUAUCUUGAAUUCAUUAAGUUUGUUAGUAUCCCUAAGGGAGUCUAUAUUGAACCUUUGUAAUUCUGUUUCCUCAGUUGUCCAAUGCUUCUUUGGCUUUAUUUUCAUCUUGACAACUACCGGCUGGUGGUGAUCUGAAGUUAUGUCAGUUCCCUUCCUUGUUCUCACAUGUUCCAUUGACCUUCUGAACCUUUUAGUGAUGCAAAUAUAAUCGAUGUGAUCCUGUGUAGUGUGAUUCGGUGAGACCCAUGUAGAUUUGAGUAUGCGUUUGUGUGAGAAUAUUGUGCCGUCUGUAACCAUUUUGUUGAAUGCACAUAAAUUUUCGAACCUCUGACGAUUGUGGUUCCUUUCUCCUAGUCAGUCAUUCCAUGUCGUCCCUUGAUAUCUUCAUGCCUGGUGUUGUCUAUUUUUACUUUGGCGUUUAAGUCAGCAAUGAGGAUGGUUAUGAGUUUUCCUGAGGACUUCGCUACAAUUGACUGCAGCCUCUCAUAAGACUGAUCUUUAUUGUCUUUAUUGCUAUUAUGAGUGGGUAUAUAGAUCUGGAUAACAUUUAUUGUGAUCCCCUCUUUCUUUGUUUUGAAAGAUGCUCUGAUGAUUCUGGAUCCAUGCAAUCCUUAUCCUAUGAGUGAGUUUCGUGCCCCUUUAGACAGCAUCAGUGCAACUUCUUGUGUCAGCAAAAGAUUUUCUUCAUCUCGAGUACAACAGUAUAUUGUUUGGACAUCUCACGUACCUAUAGUACCAAUGGUAAUUGUUAGGAAGAACACCAACUUCGCAGCUUUCGAAGAAACUCAGAUUUCACCAUGAGGCGUCAUAACUCUUCUAAAUGAAAAUCCCUCAACUCCCAGGGUAAAUUUUCAAUGGUAUGAAUGAUUUUUUAGCAAGGUUUUCUACGGGAUUGGGUUGAUGAUUGCAUGCCUAACUCUCUUCCUUCAUCCGGGCUUGCGACUGGCAGUAAACCUGAAAAGGCUAAAAGAGAAGAUCCCACUGCUAGCAACAUCCUAAAAUAUUUUGCAUCAGUUGAUAGUAACCUACUACGGAAGUUAACUCAUAAUCUUUACAAAUCAUCUACAACCCCACACCUAUUUGUUGUCGUUAUUAGGAAUUUAAAAUAUGAAAAUUAUAAAGAAACUUGGGUUAUGAUUUCAUUCACGCUUGGUUUAGUUUUCCAUUUUGUUAGUCUUUGUUCUACCAUCAAUGUCCAUUAUUGUGUGCUUGUCUAUGUGCGUUUGUCUGUGUGUACAUAAAACAGAGUUUAUUAAUCAGAAACACGAUUCGUACAGUCUUAGUCCCUUUGUGUUGGUUGUGUCGAUUCCACCUUUGAACUUUGGGAUUCAAGUAAGAGGAGGAAAAUAAUAAUUUGCUGUAUUUUUCGUGUUAUUCAUUGUUUUUCUAAAUGACCUCUGUGAACAAGGUUAUCAUAUGAAUUGAUGAAUCGCGAUUAAUGAUAAUACGGUUUUCAUAUUAAUUCAUUAUUCAUUGCCAAUUAAUCAGACUAAAAAAUAGUUUUGAUCACUGACAUUUCUUUGGGAAGUUAUUGAAAACCAUACAAUACUAGAACAGAUGUUUCGCACCAGUUCGAGACUCUUCAACAAUGCACACAUACACCAUCCAUCAACCGUACACAACGAGUACGACGUAAAUAAACCACUGAGUUCCAAUCCUACGGUUGAAACAAUCAACUUCUGUUUGUUUGUGAUACUGCGAACCACUCAUUCAAUUCAAUUAGUCACUUACUAUGAUCAAGUGAAGAAUGAGACAGUAACCCUUAUUGAUAAAAUGAAACGAGGAUUGAGUUAUGCCACCAAUCUACUCAUGUUCUGUGUGUUGCCCGAUCAAAUUGUCACUAUUUCACUUUACAUGUGAUUUGUGAGUUUAUUGUCUAACCAUGUGUAGAGUUGUGAGUUUGCAUUGAAGGAGGUUUGUCAAAUUAAAGGAAAUAGUUGUUCAAUGCAUUGUGUUUUCAAAUACUUUUACAAUCGAUAUUAAUCCAGGAUGAGAACUAUCUCUUAAUUACAGAAAUCUUUUCAGAAAACUUCAUCACAGAUUAAGCAAAGAUGGAUAGUGUCUAUCAGUGGAAUCCAGGAAGCGCGUUUCGUCUUAUUUGGGACUCGUCAGCUGGAUGUACCUGCGUCGCAGAUUUGAUGUCCACACCGGGACUCGAACCCAGUACCGUUUGCUUCAAACGCCAUAGCAUUAUCCACGUGGCUGCUGAUUCCUGAAAGUCACUCGCUUGUGCAAUGUGGUGAAGUUUAAAUUCACUUGGUGUUGUUUUACUUGUAUCUUCCCAUUGUUAUUUAGGACUGCAAUUGAUCAGUCUCUUAUUGGCAUAUGUGCAUCCUGUGUGGAUUGCCUCGAUAUAGCCUUAAGUCCCGGAGUGAACAUUAACUCUGCGAUGCAGGUACGUCCAACUGAUAAGUCCGAAAUAAGACGAAACGCGAGUCCUAGAUUCCACUGCUAGUCACUAUCCAUCUUUGCUUAAAAAGCUUGUGACUUAAGGCUAUAUCGAGGCAAUCCACACAGGAUGCACAUAUGCCAAUGAAAGACUGAUCAAUAGCAGUCCUAAAUAACAAUUGGGAGAUACAAGUAAAACAAUACCAAGUGAAUUUAGCACAGAUUGUUGUGGGAUCUAGCUGACGAUUUGACGAUGAAUUGAUUCAUCUAGAAAAACAAUUUAACGUAUAGUGGAUGUCCAGUGUCUUAUCUAAAAGCUGUAGAGAAGCUUCACUAUCGAUAUGCUUCAAUAGCUAGACGUUCGAAUUCCUGAUUACUGAAAACUACCAAACGUCGUGUAAGUUAUUCAGUGGCGAUACAUACUGGUCUGUUCAUAAAAUUCCGUAAAUACUGUUCAUCUAAGAGAGUUGUUUGGAUAAUAAUGACAUUUACACAUUGAUAACUUAAUAACAUAAGUUAUGCAAUGCCGCAACACUAUUCGAUUUCUGUUAUUAUCUUUGAAAAGCAUGAAUCUGAUAAUCUGUACUUGUUUCUUGGAUUUAUGCCGUAAUAUUGUUAAGAAAUAGCACUGACGUUUAAUGUAUAAUUUUUAUGGUUGUGGGAAUAAAAUUGAACAAGAAAUAUAAUAGAAUGUAAAAUAUAAUAUCACAUACUAGUUUGUUCAAUCACUGUUCAACCACUUGAAAAGAGUAGAUUUGAAUCUUUCCAUUCUACAAGAUGUUGUCUGAGGCCUGAAUAGGUCAGUGAUAGUGCCUCAGACUGUGAAGCUGGAUGAUCUGGUACCAAAUUCCACAGGAUACAUCAGUUCCCUCAAGAUUACUGGUACGUCUCACUGAUCACUGUCAAUUAGUACGAACCGUGAGUCCAUGAUUUCCCAUUGAAUACCUUCAACCACCUAACAAGAAUUAACAGUUCUAAUUUCUAAAUAUAUAAUAUGCAUUUAGCUUAGUGCUUGUGGUUCGUUUCAAUGAGCAAAUGAUCAGUUCAUCAGCUUCAUUGAUUCACUGUAUUUUUCCCUCGUCGAUUUUGAUAACAUCAUUUUCAACUAAUAUUAACACGACAUAAAGAUAAGUAAUGGAUAUUAAUAAUAAUUAGUUUGAAUUGAACAACAAUUUUAUACCCACUUCAUAUUAAUAUUUAUACUCAAUUAUAUUAGCAAAACUAGUCUAUCGAAACUGCUCUCCUUUGUAAUUGUCAAAAUGGAUGAUUAUCACUUUGAUUAUUAUGAUGAAAACAAUCAUUAUACGCCACAUAUUCCUAUUUGAUUUUGGUUAUCUUGAAAUGAGUUUCUCCAAACCGAACUAAUUAGUGAUUAAUCAGCUGAAGAAAACUUCUAUUUGAAAAAAAGAAUUAAAUUAAUAUUGUGUAUGUAUUAGAAAAGAGUAUUAAAAUAGUAGAUUUAAUUGUGACGAAAUGCAGUUUUCACAGUCUACAUCACGGACUGACCUUGCUUUAGCAGCCACUGUAAACCAGGAAGCAUUGGGUAGCUAUUUUGUUUUAAUAUGGGACACCACACCGGUGAGCAUCUAAAACCCUAUGACAAUAAAUUGAACCGAGAACUGUCAGUUUGGCGUGCAAAAGCCUAGCCUUUAGACCACUGAGUAAUUCUUGGGUUCUUAGUGAGAAGCCAUGAAUAAAGUUCAACCAUGUCGAGUGUGAAACACCACAGACAUUGGGAGAUGGUUUCUCAAUAUCGCGAAUCGACAAACACGUACACUUUUGAAUGACGAAGUAGUGGUCCAGAUGUUAAGGGCUCAUACAUGAGACAGAAGGCCUUGGUUUCAAUCCCUAGCUAUGCAGUCAUGAGGGCUCACAGCUGAUGAAUUAUAUAUAAAGACGGAACAGCUGUUCAGCUUCUACUGAAUUUCUGUGUCUGGCUAACUAUGAACAGUUAAUAAUGUAAAUUAUGAAAAUUCCGCAAUCUCCACAAAACCCUUAAGUUGAAAAUUUGAUUCAAUUAUAUAACAGUCUUGUAUGAUAUGCUAUCUAAUCUCCAUUCUGAUAGUUUGAGAAGUUAUCGGAUUUGCCAUGAAACAGGGACCUGUGGUUAGUCUGUCAAAAUUUUCUAUCAUAUUCUUUAAUUAAAUAUAAAAUGAUUAGAAAUCUAUGUUAUAGUUUGUAAUUCCCUUUUAUUAAUAUUCAUGACUGUAAAUUAUCAGUCUCUGUUGUCAUCUGUACAUCUUGAGCUCUAUGGAUAAUGCUUUAGGUAUUCGAAUUGCAUAGUACUGGGUUUGAGUCCUACUGUGAACUAUACCACUGGAAUAUCCAGCUGAAGAAUUCCAAAUAGAGUAAAAUAAAUGUCCAUAUUACUAAAUAUAAUCUAAAUUUUAGUUGUAUCAUUGCCUGAAAAUGGAAAAAAAUAUUUUUUUUCUAUGAAGCUUAAUUCUUAUUCAUUUAUUCUUUAGAUUGUUAUUAUUCUCUUUAUUGACAAUAUUAUCAUUUUGUUUUGUAAUGCACGUUCUUUGUUCAAUCACCACCUAUUAUACAAAAAAUGUUUUAGAUACUAUAAAUAAACCGUUUUAAUCUGUAUUGUUUAUAGGGAUUUUUGUUUGUCCUCUUUUCUUUUCUUUUUUUGAUAUUCAUCGUUAUCAUUAAACUUUUUCCAAAUGUUACUCAUCGUUUGUGGAUACUAGUUUAUGUAGUUAGAUUUGGGUCAAAUUCUUAUGUUAUAUUUAGGUAUAUCUUUUAUUUAUCUGAUUCGAGUAUAGGAUGUAACAAAGUUGAAAUAUACUGCUGUUCAUAUUUAAUUAUACAAAAUUAACAAUCGUGAUCACGAUAGCUAAUUGUAGGUCACGUAGCAUAUACAUUGGAAUAUGAUUCUGAGAGUGAAAUUAAUAAAUUCACUAAAAGAAAUCUAUGACAAACUAUUUAUAACACUUGAGAUUGUUAAAGGUAAUGGCUAUCUGAAAUUUUUGACUUCAAAAUGAUUGUGAACCAAUUAAAAGAAAUACGAGAUCAAGUAAUGUAUUGUUGUAAUGUGUGUUGGUGAAAGAAAUCAAUCUAAAGUGAUUUGUUUUUAUUUCAAUCAAGGUGGAAUUUUAAAUAAAUCAUGUUAAUUUUAAUGUGUUGUUUAAUAUAAAGUCAAGAAACUACUGCAACUGUUUUACAAACAUGUUAUUGGCAUUCAAAGUACAAGAGUUUGAGUAAUGGGUGGAAAUUUACGUUUGAAUUCGGACACAGUUAAAAUUAUUUUACGUUGGUAUAGGAGGAGUUACUGAAAAGAAUAUGUUGUCUAAAAGACGAUUGAUAAGAUUUUCUGUGAAACUCCAAAGUUAUGAAAUCUAUCAUAUCUUCUCUGAACUUUAUUGCGGAGUCCAGAACUGGGAUUCUCUCCUAGAACUAUCUAUAUUAUUGAGGUAUACACAUACAAUAUUGGCUAUAAAUAAACAAAGAUAUUACAUAUUUCAUCAUAUGCUAAUAUCAGCUGGGAAUCCACAGAUUACCGAAUAAUACUAAUCCAAUGUUUCAUAAUAGCUUAUACUCUACUUUAGAUCGAACACAAGACAUUCAAAUCUUAAUGGCUACACGAAAACAUUCCUUCAGUGAGCGGGUAUCAACUGAUUAUUAUCAACUUCUCCGAAUUCCCAAUACAGUUUGAUCUUCACUUAGGGGGGUGGUCUCUUCACAUUCGAUUCAUUUAGGACAUUGCUGGUUACGACAUCUCACCGUUACUUCAAAGUUGGCUUCAUCUGAAACAACUAUUAAUGGCGAAGAAACUCUAGAAAUCUGUGUCAUACUAGUAUGUGACUCUACAAUAAUGUCUGUCUACAAUCCCACCAAGGUAUACUUAAACUGGAAAAAAAUGCACUGGUUUCCUGUUUUUAUUUGAGCAUUUUAUUGAUUUUUUUAAAUAUCAGUAGCUAAUGGUUGCUUGAAUAUCUAUUUUGUUUUACAGAACACUAUUCCUCUGUUUCAUAUGACUCAAUAAAUAAAUACUCUUUAUAUAACUGAAAUGAUGAUAUUUUUACUCAGUGCUUUGUUCAUUCAAUAUUUACCAACUUAAAGCCACAAACACACUGAAUAUAAGACUCAACAAGUUUACAUAAAGAUAAGGUCAAAGGCAAAAUCAGAUGGAAUGCAUUGUUUUCAGGGUUAAAUAAAAAUAAUCUCUUUGUCUGACAAUUUUUCGAAAAAUUUUUUAACUCAUAAUGUAUGCGUGUAUACAUGCUUUUUGCGACAUUAUUCAAAAUGUGGUUUAGGAUAUAAUGACUCAAUACUGAUAGUUAGAACACAAUGAAGAAAAAUAAGUCAAGUUGAGAAAUACAAACUUUUCCUGUCGUUAAAAAUUGAUGGGUUACCUCAAUUUUUCAUGAUAAUGAGAAAAUAAUCCCCUGUCACAUAUAUUAAUCAUAGAGACAACAAUGAUUUAUUUAUUACAAAUACUUGUGGACAAAAGAGAAGAGUUUACGUGUAAUGAGCUUACAUAUAUAAUAGUAAUAGAUCACCCAUAGUUUCAGGUAAGAACCUAGGUUCAUAAAAAUAUGUCUUAACGUAAAAAGAUUUGUAAGUCAGUACGAGAGAAGCUGGUGAGUUUAAAGUACUCUUUAAACAAUUUCCUUGAACUACAUCGAAUUUCAGUGAAAUUCAAAAUAUUUGCUGUUACUCAAUGACCAGUUGGUGUAAAGAACUCAUUACUAACGGAGAUCAAAUCGUGAUUUGAGUAGCUUAGUGUCAACACUUUUGACUAAGACAUUAGGUGGUGUGUAUUGAAUUCUCAUAGGAAGUUUCCGUUGUCUCAACAAUAUUAGUUCAAGUUGUUGAUAAGUGUGAAAUAGUAUGAAGCUG